AUGUUCAGCUUUCUCAUUCUUGCUAGCAAUUUCAUGGGCUUGAGAGCCCCUGGCAAGGCCAUCUUGUUAGCUCUUUCUCUGAGCGGAACUGUCAUGAACGCCCCCGGUCGCACCCCUCCCAAGCUCGAAUGGACCGCUCAGAGCUAUGGCGUCGAUGGCGCGGACGUGGCUCACUCCCACUUUUUUCAUAAUCACGGAAGGAAAUACAAAAGUCUUGCUCUAAUGGAGCCAGGCACCGGCGAAGGACACUUUAGAUCAGCGAUCACAAAUUCGAUUACGCGGGUGAACAUGGGUAAUGACCUCCAACAUGUCGGCUACGACAUUGGUACCAUGCAUUUGGUGAAAACGCUACCCAACGUCCAAACCUACAAAUUUUCGCCGACUUCGGGUGAUUUACCAGUCAUCUAUGACGGGAAUACAGUUUUACUCUUGACUUGUUAUCUUCACGCGGACAAGGAUGAAGCAACGAGCUCCCAUACCAUAGGCGGUAUUCCAGUCGCAGGAGAGCGGAUUCCUCCCUCAAAUCUUGUUCCUGUCUGGUGGGCUGUAAUCCCCAAAGAUAGUGGAGUUGAGAGUGCUGAGAUAGAAGUCAAGUACACUACAACUGCAGUACCUCAAAAGAAGAAAUUCAUAUCAGGGCAGUCCUCUCAACUUCACGACGCAUUCAUUUGGAACGAAUUUCGACUGCUUAACUUCAAACUCAAAAAGGAAAAUUCAAUCAGAGUAAUUGCUGAUUGA